AUGAUGAUCAAAUUUUUUAUCUUGGUUGCUCUCAUUGCUAAAUAUUCAUCGAAACACACAGUAAAUGGUGUAGCUGAUUCAGAUUUUCCAUCUCAAUUUACAAUUACUCAUGAAGCUGUAUUUGAUAUUGUUAUCAAAGAACAUAUGCAUGCAAGUGAAGUUUUAAAACAAGGAAAAGUUGUUAUUGGACUUUUUGGUAAUAUAGUUCCAAUGACUGUUUUAAAUUUUGUUACAAUUGCAAAUGGUAUUGUUCGAAGUGAUGUAAAUUUUACGUACAAUGGUGUGCCAUUUCAUCGUAUUGUAAAAGAUUUCUGUAUUCAAACGGGUGAUUUUAUCAAUCGAGAUGGUACAGGAAGCUUAAGUAUUUAUGGUCCAAAAUUUGUUGAUGAAAAUUUUCGUCUUAGCCAUAAAUCAGCUGGAUGGGUUUCAAUGGCCAAUUAUGGUACAGAUACAAAUGGUUCUCAAUUUUUUAUCACGUUGGUUCCUGCUCGUUGGCUUGAUGGACAUCAUGUUGUCUUCGGCCGAGUUGUUCAAGGUAUUGAUUUUGUUCAUGAAAUCGGCGAAGUUGAUACAUUUCCUGGUACAUCAUUACCCAAAAAAUAUGUUGGUAUUCUCGAAGCUUCAGCUAAAGAAGUAUCACGAUAUGAUCUUGCUUUGGAAGAUCUUAUUUCUACCGAAGACAUUAUUGUUGCUUAG